AUGACUGAGAAACUGAGUAAAGAAAUGGUGGAGCUGCUGCUGGCACCAUGGCGAUCGUCUCCAAGGGUGACGGGACUGGAGGGCAGGCUGGUGGCAGCGUUGGAACUGUAUGACCACUUCCCUUUAGAUGUGGCUGUUACUGGGGGAACCCAGGAGGCCAACACUCAGCUGGCCAGAGCACUGUGUGGGUUAGUAGAGGAAGAGGAGGAGGAGGAGGAGGAGGAGGAGGAGGAGGGGGAGGAGAAAGAGAAAAGUGAGGAUGAGGAAGCUAGUGAUGGAGAUGCAGAUGAUGAAAUUGAGAUUUCUGGGACUCUGACUAAAGUGUUUGAGAGAGAAGAAAAACGACAGGUUAAGGAAAGUGAGGAGGACAACAAUAAGAGGGAUGACUCUCCCACUGAGAAACAACCCAUCGUCCUGCACCCCAAAUCACCAAUGGUCCUGCACCCCAAAAUCCCCAACAUUCGGAUUUGGACAAUUCCAAGCCUCGAUGGCCAAAACCACCCUAUUGAACACUUCGAUGUGUUGGUGGUCCUCACCUCAGAGCAGUACCAGGAUGACCUCCCAGGGCCUAUCAUGGAGCUCCGCGACAGGGACCAACCGCUGUUCUUAGUCAGAGCUGAACAGGAGUGGGACCUGGUCCAGGAGAAGCUCACAGGACCCUGUAAGACCUGUGCCUGGGAGAGAAUGAGAGCCCGUCAGAUGGAGAUUGAGAAGAAAAGGCUGGCAGCCACAGCUGGAGGAGCCGAGGUCCCAGAAGAUGUCAAGCAAACGUUACUAGAGUUAAGGGAGAUUGGAGCGACAAUGACUACAGCUCUGACUGAGCUGAGAAAGAAAGCCUUCUGUCAGUUCAUGGUGGAUGUUUUCAGAGAAAACGGAGUUCCAAAAUUGCUGAGGAAUGCCGAACAGUGAGUGUGUGUUUAGUCUCAUGUUAUGGUUAAUUGUGCAAACGAUGUGUGUACAGAUAAUUAAUAUUAAUGAAACUACAUGGCAAUUUUCCAGAUUUAGAGUAAAUAAUCAAGUUUGUCCCUUGAGGAGAUACUGUGAAACAAACCAUUACAUAAUUUGUAAUAUCAUGUGAUAUGGACAUUUCCCAGGUAUAUUUUUUAUUGACCCAAAUCACACUUCUUUGUAUCAUUGCAUCCUUUUGCUCAUAUCCUUCCCUACAGUUCUCUGCUGUCAGCUGGACUGAGAAUGGACAAGGUGCGUCAAGGGGACAUUGAUCGGCAUGGACACCUGUUCCAGUCCAGAGAUCUGACCAACCCCCCAUCCAGACUUCUCUCCGCCCUCACAGCCCUGGAGCACCUCCGACUGGACCUGGGGGUCCUCGGGCAGACGGGUUGCGGCAGCUCCAGCUUAGUCAACUCCCUCCUGGGCUUGAAGAACCAGGACGAGAGGGCGUCUCCCACUGGAGUCACUGAAACCACCAUGGAGGCUCUGGGGUUCCCUCACCCUGAGCUGCCUAAUGUCUGGCUGUGGGAUCUACCAGGGAUGGGCAGGGUGGGGGAUCUUGUUCCCUCCUCGACCAAGACAGAUCAGAAGGCUCCUUCAUCUUCUCCACAACCUCCAUCUCCAUUCCCUCCUCUGUCUCUGACUCCUCUGCACCCACCAUGUGAUGUCUACAUCCUGGUCUCGCCUCUCAGGCUUAGCCAGGUCUGUGUCCAGCUGCUGCAGAGUCUGUCAGCUCAGGGGAGGCUGUGCUACCUGGUCCUCUCCAAGGCUGACCUAAUGGGGGAGGGGGCUGUUGAAGAGGUUAGAAGGUGGAGUGAGGAGGCCCUAGGUCGUCUAGGCCUCAAACAGACCACUUUCCUGGUGUCAGCUCUCCACCCAGGGGAGCUGGACUUCCCCAGGCUGCACGAGGCGUUGUGUGGUGCACUGGCUUCCCACAGAAGGGCUUCCCUUGCCCAUUAUGUUGUAGAGCUUUUGGAAUCAGAG